AUGUUCGAGAGCACCGGUCAGUUCCACCGUAUCCCCGUCGGCUUUGGCCCCGCCCCUUCUCCUCGCCAGAACAAGGAGGGCAAGAAGUUUGACUGGAGCAACGCCGAGGCCCACCUUACCGGUGUUGUCUACGAUGUCGGCCGUGAGGAGCUCAACGCUCUUCUUCCUGAGGGCUACGAGGUCGACCCCGAGUGCGAGCAGCCCACUGUCCUCUUCGAGGUCAUGAACCUCCGCAACCUCCCGUGGCUCGCUGGCCGUGGCUACAACACCUGGGGUGUCUACGCCGGCAACGUCAAGUGCACCCGCGUCUCGCCUCCCGUCAUCGCCUCGUACCAGCUCGUUCUCUUUGAGAGCUUCACCGACCCAAUCGUCACCGGCCGCGAGGAGCUCGGCUUCUGCAAGAUGUACGCCGACCUCCCCGACCCCAAGAUCGAGAAUGGCAACUUUGUCCACACCGCCUCGUGGUUUGGCACCGAGUUCAUGCGCCUCGAGGUCCCCAACCUCACCUUCCGCCCUGUCGAGGAGAGCCCCUCGUUCAAGCCCCGUCCUUACACCGUCCCCGGCGUCAACGGUAUCAUCCACCACCGCUACGUCCCCGCUGUUGGCGAGCCCGGCAAGCACGACGCCUCGUACGCGACCUUUAUGCCUGGCCGUGGCACCAACCUCCCCAAGAUCAAGAAGUUUGCCACCACCACCAGCCCCCUCGAGGACAUCCAGUUCUCCAUCACCUCGCACCCUUGGGAGAAGCUCCCCACCCUGUGGAACAUUGUCGACGGUCUCGCCAGCCUCAAGCUUGGCAAGCCCCGCGAGUUCCUCUACCAGAUUGACGACGGUGCCGGUGACUGCGGCUCCAACAAGCGUAUUGAGAAGUAG